AGAGAAGCGCAGCUCUGUGUGUGACAGCUCAGAGUGUCCACGUCAACACACCGAGCACACUCACUGACACACACACACACACAUACACACACACACACGCGCCGCCGCCGCCGCCGCCGCGAUGGACUCCGCGUCUCUGGAACCUUCCCUCUACACAGUGAAAGCUAUUUUCAUUCUUGACAACGACGGCAACAGACUUCUUUCAAAGUACUAUGACCCCGGGCUGUACCCCUCCAUAAAGGAGCAGAAGAACUUUGAGAAGAACGUUUUCAACAAGACGCACAAAGCAGACAAUGAGAUAGCUUUCCUGGAGGGGAUGACCAUUGUCUAUAAGGGCAGUAUAGAUCUCUUCCUCUACGUGGUGGGAAGUGCUCAGGAGAAUGAGCUGAUGCUGAUGUCAGUGCUCAACUGUUUGUUUGACUCACUCAGUCACAUCCUCAGGAAAAAUGUGGAGCGUGUGUGUUUACUGGAUAACAUGGAAGGAGUUUACCUGGUGGUGGAUGAAAUCGUUGAUGGAGGGGUGAUUCUGGAGAGUGACCCCCAGCAGGUUCUGAAGAAGGUCAACUACAGGGCGGACGAGAACCCGUUGUCUGAACAAAGCGUUGCCCAGCACAUAACAGAGAAACUGGCCCUGACCUCUAACGUUCUCCAGUCGGCGAAGGAGCAGAUCAAAUGGUCCAUACUCAAAUGACGGGGCCGCAAACGUCCCAGAGAAUAUUUUUAGUCCCAAAGAUAUUUUUGUAGAAACAGACUAAAGGAAAGCUGGUUCGAGGCCUGUUUAUGUCACUGUUACACUGUUAACCAGGUUAACCACUGUUAACCAGUCACACAGGGUUUUCAUUCUUACUUUGUGCGAUGGCGUGUGAUGGGAUUAAUGAAGUUAAUGCUUGUGAAAGGGGGAAGAUAGUGGAGUCCAUCUGUGCUCCUGAUGAAAGGAAACUGACAGUUGUCUAAUAUUCAUCUCUAUGAAAACAUGAGGAACGUCACGAUUGGUCAUUGUUUUGUUUUGUUACUAGAGGAGGGGGAGGGGGAGGAGCUAGAUCUUCCUCCUAUUUCCGUCUUAUUUGCGUGUUGGUCAAUUUGUUUUCCCUCAUAAAAUGUUACCAGUCCAAAUCAUUUUUGGAUCAAUUUUCAACAAAAACUCAAUCACAAUAAAUAAACGAGGCCGUGACAUCAUCUGUGCACUGAACUGUUCAGUUAAAUAAAGUUGUGUUGUGUGUAGGCGCCUUAAAUGCUCAAAGUUUAUUUAAAUGUUUCUUAUGACGCUAAACAAGUAGCAGUAUGUGGACGAGGCAAUCAUUUGCACUGUUAAAACUUUUAUUAAAAGGAAAAACAAAAAAGCUCUAACCUUUCCUUCAGUGGAAUUCCCUCAUGAGGGACGGAUUCAAAUCUGUACAUAAAACUGAUUUUCUAAAUCAAAGGGACCUGAAUGAA